ACCCCUUUUAGCAAAGCGACCGCUGUCCAUCAUUUUACCUCCCUGUCUCGAAGAUACGGGUACAACAGCCCUUCUGUUGCUAUCGUUUGAAUAGUCUGCUGUUCAUUCGUGAACCAAAGUCGAAAUAUCGACUGCCGAUUUUCACGCUUUACCAUUCACUCUACUCAUCGAAACAUGAGUAUAGGCUCUCCGACAACAGCAAGAAUAAACAGCUUUAUAUAUGGGGGUGAGGGGGAAGAGAAAACAACCGAGGACCUAGACUCGGAGGGGGGAUUUGAGCCAGAGGCUGCAACUGGUAAACCGGAAUCGAUGUAUGUUACUCUGUUUGAAGAUGCGCUCAAGACUGUCCUUGCGAAUGAGAGGCAUCUCUUCUCACCUCGGGAAAUAGUGUGCUUCAAGCGAUACUCUGAGCUUAGCUAUAACGCUCGAUAUCUAUUGAUACGGCUUUGUCUACGCAAAAACGAUAAAUGGCAUCGGCUGAGCAACCUCAAAUACCGGAGCGAGUUAGGUGACGGCAUUCCGGAUGCCAUUCGAGAGUUGUGCGGAGGAGACCCCAAGAAGACAUCCCAUUUUCAGCAGGUCAAGAUUGAACCCAUUGACCUGACGCUCGACGAGGCUUGCUCCCAGCCUGUUGCCGGUCCAUCCAAAUUACCUCCGCCGCCGCCGCCAGUACCUGCCGAACCCGACCUCAGCGACUUUGCCGAUGACGAUUCACGAGCAGAACUUUGCGAACUGCUGGACUGUUUGACUCUGGACGAGCUUCGAGAGGUCGCGAAGCAGACGAAAGCGGAUUGGAAAGGACCCCGGACACGCAUCGUUGAGGCCCUAUUAAAGACUACUUCAACCCAAUCAACAUUGCCUUUCGCAAAACUAUCAACCACACCAGUCAAAUCAAAGAAAGCCGGGUUUAUUCAAACUAAACUGACAUUCACAUCCUUAAAUGCGACUGAGAAGCGGCAAACUCAACUCGGUCUGCUACGAGUCAUUGUCAUGAAAAUCCUUCAACAUUGUGUUCAUCUCAAUAACGACGUUGUGAAAUUGUUCCAACGAGUGAAUCUCGUAUAUUUCCGAAGCACUCAGCACACUUCGACCUUGCUCACACCUUCUAUACUUGCUCAAGCUCGCAAAAGAACUUAUGCAGCAUACACAGCGGAACGUACGCUGGACAUUUGGCCUACCCGAGAAGCUCUUUUGGAAUACGAGAAGGCGCUUGAGCUUGAAGCACAAGUGGAUGCCCAUUUCGACGGCGUUACAUCUAAUAGAAGUCGUUUCAGAAGCGUCGCAAGCAAGACCCCCGCUCCCACUGCUCGUUGCAGACCUCCGACUGAGAGUCCAAGUAAACGGCGCUCAACAAGAGGACAGAACGAAGAUGAUGGUGUAGAGUAUGUCCCGGAGGUGAAGGAAGAUAGCCCGCGAGUUCAGGCGGCAAAAUUUGUGAAAGCUAUCCUCCAAGAGGUUCUUCCAAAGUGGGAGAUUCUUCUUACCACUAAAGACGAAUACGUAGACGAACGGCACAGUUCUCUUCGACGCUUUGAAUGCGGGCAUAUUCUAACUCGUAUUGUUUGCAAGGGCACAUAUGCGCUUGGUAUUCUCAAAGAAUUUGGGGAAGAGCUGAGAGUUCUAGAGAUGUUGCUUUCUCAGAGGAAGUGGAGACGGGGUCGGCGUGGAAGAUGGCAUGAGCGAAAAGCUUUGAUUCUCAUGACUCACACGGAGAAAACCAAGGACAUGUAUGAAGAGGCUCGAAAGGCAACGACUGCAGGAUUGGAAGACAAUGAUACACAUAUCGUACAUCGACCUGCCCUGGUGCGACGACUCACACGUCUAGAGAACAAACUCAAGUUCCAGCCUCAUGAGCGUUUUGUUUGUGAAGGCGUGCUCAAGAAAGCCGAGGAAGUACAUAUCAUUGGGACUAGAGUGCAGCAUCAAGCCCAAACUCUGAAAUUGGAUAAGAACUUCAAGAUCGUCAGUUCGCCGACAAAAUCUACACGUUCCGAGUUGAAGGUAUUCGACUUAUCUUUGCUCAGGUCCCCCGACCCAAAGUCGAACAUAAAGCCUGAGUUAGAGCAAAAAACUAAUGGCAAGUCUAUUUGGGAGGGUCGGGAUGGCGAAGAAGUUACGGUCGAGAUAUUUGCCUUGCGGCACUACGAAGAACGUGGUUUCAAAGGGUUUCAUUGCGAAGGUCGCAUAGUCACCACUCUCUUCGGUCUCCUUUUCUGGGAUGUUCUUUUCGCAGCCAUUCCUGGUGCUUUCGAGACUUCGUAUCAGUCUGCCCCUCUUGAUAUCGCUGAAGACACAUUCUAUAUCUCGAGGCAAGAUAUGAUUGAUGAAAGACUCAAAGAGAUUCGGGAUGGCAAGGCACCAAAGAUCAUUGCUCGCUUUGACGAUGAGCAUCGGGAGACGAAAACCAUGUGCGUUGGUGUGAGGUGGGAAUUGUUCCAAAAACAAGACCUGCUUGAGAUUUCAGAGUGUCUUGGAGGAGAAGGAUUGGCCACAAUCUGCCAAUUACUCUGCGAAGACUAUGCUGGCCGUACCGCUGGAGUUCCCGACCUCAUCGUAUGGAAUAUUGAGGAGAAUCUGUGCAAAUUUGUUGAGGUUAAGGGUCCCGGUGAUAGCCUCCAAGAGAACCAAAAGGUUUGGAUAGACGUGCUCGCGCGUGCGGGUGUUCCGGUGGACAUUUGUUUCGUUGCAGAGAAAGAUGGAGAUCCGAAAUUCUCGGGGAAGAAAUCAAAACCGAAGGCCAAACAUACCAUAGCUACUACACCAGGGCGAAGACGAAAGCGAACUCCUGCUCCUGAGUCUGACUACGUCGAGGAAGUGGAGAAGAUUAUCAUCGAAAUUGAGCCAAAAGAACAUCAGCAACCUGCUCCGAGCCAGACAAGCACCCAAAUGGCUACCUCGAAUAUGUCAAUAGAUAUUGACGAGAAUUCUAUCCCUCCGGCUACUCCUCUUGAUUCACUGGAGAGUCUGGUAUCCACAACACCCAAGUCACGCAAACGCGUCGAAGUCCUAUUACCAUCCCCUCGUCCAUUCAAGAAGAUGCGCCGCACACGAUCGCCAUCUUCUUGACUCUGCUACAUUCAUACCUGCAUUCGGUCCGAUCACGAUUUUCUUUAUUGUCAUAUAUCGAUUUCUCGGAGGUUUUGUCUAAUGUUGUAGUGUAUUUAGUAUGUAUAUUGUUUGGACGCAUUCAGGACGAGGCCUUGAAUGUUAAAUAGACUAGCCAACCACGA